AUGAAAGACAAGAGAAGACCGCAACGUGGUUUCAAGGGACAGCAACGCUCACAUCGUAGUAUUGAAGAGAUAAGAGAGGACUUCAAACCACCGGAUUCGGAUGAGGCUACGACGAGUCACAUUAUCACAGCCAUGUGGGAUUUUGAACAGUGCGAUCCUCGGCGUUGUUCCGGUCGCAAACUGGUUCGAUUCGGUCUAACACGAUUGUUACGGAUGAAUGAAAGUUUCGGUGGCAUUGUGCUCACUCCCACCGGAACGUGUGUUCUAUCCCCGGAAACAGAUCGAGAAAUCAUGGCCUCCGGAGGUCUGGCCGUGGUCGAUUGUUCGUGGGCCCAGUUGGAAAGCACAGCCUUCCGUCGAUUGUCUUGUGCGGAAGCACUGGCCGCCGGAUUAUAUAUACUAGGUCAGCCGGAUCAAGCCACCGAGUUGUUGGACAAAUUUGGUUGGGGGCACAGUUUUCUUGAAGUGAACGAGGAACGUUUGGAGGCGUAUGCGGCCUGUUCAACCACCGCCGAUGUGUUGGAAGCGCAGCGAAAAUUCAUGUCUGAGGCAGAUGCGAAACAGCGCGUGUCAUCUGGUGGAAGCUAUGCGGAUGUGUACGCCGAGUUAGAUAAAGCAAUCAGUGAAACCGAGUCCAGCACAGACGAAUCUGAAGCCGAAACAGAGCCCGGUUCGGCAUCACCAGGAUCUUCCAACGUACAAUCGGAUGAACGCGCGUGCACAACAACCAGAGAAUGCCAAUCGGAAACUGAAGUGGAGGGAAAAAAGCUGUCCGAGUCUUCAACCCCUCUGCUACCCCCGGUACAGGCACCUACAGAAGAGGAAAUUAACCAGACUUUAUCUAAACAAGUGGCCACUUUAGUCAGCCAAUUUGAGCGCACCAAAUUGUUGCGUGAGGCCGGUGCCAAUUGGAAUCGAUUUUAUAAACGUAACGGAACGCGGUUUUUCAAGGAUCGGCAUUGGACCAAACGUGAGUUUUCCGAUCUGCUCCAAUUGACGCGAUCUUCUCAGACUACGUCACAACAGGAUUCUACUUGCCCACUGUGCAUCCUGGAAGUAGGCUGUGGCGUGGGUAAUUUUGUUCUCCCCUUAUUGGAGGAAGAAAUGCAAGAGGAAGCGGUACAAGAAGUUGCCGGAGCCUCAAAUGACAAUGCGACCGAAGACCAUUCCACGGAUAAUUCCCAUACCACUGAGAGUACAGAUUCUGGCGGAUCGGUUUUAGGGUCACCGCGAAUCUAUGCAUGUGAUAUCUCCGAACAAGCAAUUCAUCUAUUUCGUGAUCGAGCUACCUCGUCCGGACUGUCCUGUUGUGCGUUCGUUUGCGACGUGACCAAACCAGACGCUCUGGAACAAUCACUUCGGAAUGCUGCCCCCACAGUUGAAUCGGACGUGUCUGACUCGUUGCCCCAAUUCGAUUUGGUCACAUUGAUUUUUGUGCUCUCCGCCCUGGAACCGUUAUCUAUGCCGAUAUGUCUACGCAACAUAGCAAGUGUUCUGAAACCGGGCGGACGUCUUCUGUUUCGUGAUUAUGGCCUACACGAUCAUAGUCAAUUACGUUUCGGCCGAUCCACACGUCUGUAUCCAGAUCGCCCGUCCUACGCGAGACAAGAUGGUACCCUGUCUUAUUUCUUCUCUGUGGAAGAACUCACUGAAUUAUUCACCCAAGCUGGAUUAUCUGUACAUCACUGUGAUUAUGUAUACAAACAGACUACAAAUAUGGCUGAACGAUUGGCUGUUCGUCGCGUCUUCGUCCAGGCCGUGGCAUACCGUCCUUUCUGA